AUGCAGGUAGUCUCAGGAUCACCUGAGAGCAUCAGUCAGUCACCAGACCCCUCAAACUCUCUGUCGGACAGUAUCUCGAGCGCUCCUUUGGUAUCACGCAGCCAACCGGUAGGUGUCUCCCGCCCUCCCCUUCGGUCCCGCAACGUGGGGAACUACCUGUUGUAUGAUCCGCUGCAGGAGAACGUACUCAGAGCUGCGAAUGCUCACAGCGGAGAGGAGCUGGUGUGCAAGGUCUGUGGAUUAAAACAAAUAUAUACAAGUAUUUAUUUUUGAAAAUAUGAUGGUGCUCCAUCAACUCCUCUCAUCUCUUUUCCAUCUCAAUCGUUGGCACCAUCUUCUAGUCUCCUCUCUCCUUGUCUCCUUACUCAAAUCAAAUCAAACUUUAUUUGUCACAUGCGUCGAAUACAACAGGUGUAGGUAGACCUCACCGUGAAAUGCUUACUUACAAGCCCUUAACUAACAAUGCAGUUCAAGAAAGAGUUAAGAAAAUAUUUAUCAAAUAAACUAAAGUAAAAAAUAAUAAAAAGUAACACAAUCAAAUAACAAUAACGAGGCUAUAUACAGGGGGUACUGGUGCAGUGCCAACAUGCUCAACAGAAACAGGACACUCAUGUACAGUAGGCAUGUGUUUGUAUCUAGGCUGUGCUAACACAGUAACACCAUAAUGCAGAUCUUGUAUUAUUGGUUUCGUAGGGCCCCAAAAGUAUUCCUGAAUUCCAGUUGUUCCACCUAUAAUGUAGGCUAUUGUAGAAUCUUUAUGACUUCUCAACAGUAUUCCUGUGUUCUAGGUGCUUCCUGUCUCUCGGUACCGGGAGGUUCUGUGUUCGUACUACUGCCUGCCCCCCCACCCCAAUAUAAUCGAGAUGCGUGAUGUGGUUGUCGGGGACGCCCAUGCCUACCUGUUCUUCCCACGUUCCUACGGGAACCUGGGGGUGAUGCUCCAGGCCCAGUGCCGGCGGCUACCAGAGGACACAGCCAGAUACCUGUUCCGCCAGCUGGUGUCGGCUGUGGCACAUUGCCAUGACAAUGGACUAGUGCUCAGAGACCUCAAGCUGAACAAGUUUGUCUUCAAGAACAAGGAGAGGUGUGUGUGCAGGGCCGGUCCUAGCCUUUAAAGGACCCUAGUUGGGGGCCCGUCCAACUUACAACUAGGCAAAACAUUUUAGUGGCCCCCCUUUUGACAGCUGGGGAGAGAAAAGUUUUAAAGGUCCAAUGCAGACAAUUUUAUCUCAAUAUCAAAUCAUUUCUGGGUAACAUUGAAGUACCUUACUGUUAUUGUUUUAAAUUAAAAUGGUCAAAAAGAAACAAAAAUAGCUUCUUAGCAAAGAGCAAUUUCUCAAGCAAGAAUUUUGCUAGGACUGUCUGGGAGUGGUCUGAGUUGGGAGGAGAAAACUGAAAACUAGCUGUUAUUGGCAUAGAGGUUUGGAACUCUCUUUCUUAUUGGUCUAUUAACUAAUGUAUCGCCUGUUGAUGUCACCAGGCAGGCCAAAACUCCAUCCCACCAAAACAGGCUGAAAUUUCAGGCGGUCUUUUCCAACAGCUCUUACAAGGGCAUUAUCAAUUUUCACAAUUUCACAAUAUUAUUCCAACCUCAUAGUGUGGAAAUAUAUAUAAAAUACAGGAAAAUCACAUUUUUCACUGCACUGGGCCUUUAAAGUAAAUUUCCUGCAAUUCUACGCAUUUUGCCAUGGGGCAGAGAAAAACAUUGUAGUUUUACAGCUAAUUUCCUGCAAUUCUACCCAUUUCGCCAUGGAGUGGAGCGACAUUGUAGUUUUAAAGCGAAUUUCUUGCAAUUCUACUCAUUUUGCCAUGAUUUAUGCCAUGCCAUGUUAAUGAUAUCUGAGUUACUUACUAAAUUAAUGGGGGCCCCCUGGAGGUCAGGGAACCUGGGCACGUGCCCUGCGUGCCUGUAUUCGGCCAUGAUUAAUACAAGUUUAUUACUCGGAUCUCCCGAGUGGCGCAGUGGUCUAAGGCACUGCAUCGCAGUGCUAGCUGUGCCACUAGAGCUCCUGGUUUAAAUCCAGGCUCUGUUGUAGCCGGCCGCAACCGGGAGACCCAUGGGGCGGCGCACAAUUGGCCCAGGGUAGGGGAGGGAAUGGCCAGCAGGGAUGUAGCUCAGUUGGUAGAGCAUGGUGUUUGCAACGCCAGGGUUGUGGGUUUGAUUCCCACAGGGGGCCAGUAUUAAAAAAUAAUGUAUGCACUCACUAACUGUAAGUCACUCUGGAUAAGAGCGUCUGCUAAAUGAAAAAAAUUGUUUGCUGACAUGGCUAAUUGAGUUACUGACAUAAGAGCAAAACUGCUGACGCACAACCAUAUUUGCUAAAUUUCGAAAUUGCAUCUUGUGUAUUCUACAUCUUGUGUAUUCUAGUUGAGAUCCCGACUGAGUUUAAUUAUUUUUGGUCGGGCGCCGUUUUUGUUUGUGUGUGUGUGUGUGUGUGUGUGUGUGUGUGUGUCAGGACCCUGUUGAUGCUGGAAAGCUUGGAUGAUGCAGUCAUAAUGCAGGAAGGAAACCUCUCCCCGAAUUGCAGCCCAGGACAUGGGAAUGUCUCUGGCAGUUUGUGGGUCUGUGCUCCGGCUACAGAUGUCUGGUAUCUGGGAGUGAUGCUCCAUGCGUUGCUAUUGGGCUGCUACCCUGUUGGGGCUGGACUAACCCAAGAGGGGGCUGUACUAACCUCGCAGGCUCGCUGUCUGAUACGCUCAGCCCUGCAUUCUAACCCCACCCUCCGCCUCUCUGCCUCCGAGCUUCUCACACACCCCUGGCUGUCCACACAUGCACAGGCAUACACACAGGCACACACACCAGAUCAGACUGUACCCACCUGA